GACAAAACACCAACGACAACAACUACCUCGUUAGCAAUGGCUGAGAUUGACAUGACUCACGAGGCGACUCCUCUGGUUGACCCCGAAAUCUUCGUCCGUGUUCAGCAAUCCAUCGACGAAGAUGCCCUCGUUCGAGAAUCACUAAGAGCAACCAUCAAGGAGCUCGAACGCUACACAAGGACCAUCCUCGCUAUACUUGCCCGCUCCCACUCAACAUCGUCCGCCCAACUCCCCUCCGUUCUCAAAUCCACCGGGAAGCACUUCAACGAUCUACGAACUGCAUUGAAGCAGCUCUCAGAUGUGGCAUCGGAACACCCGUACUACAAGUAUAACGGCAUGUGGACGAACCAAUUACAACAGGCGUCCUAUUGUGCCGUGUUAUAUGCUUGGCUCGGUGGAAGCAUUAGUGAAUCAGUUGCGCAGGAAGGACGCCUUCUGUCCAUCGAGGAGGUUGGCCAGGUUCUUGAUGUCCCAGUCAACGUUGCCGACAAGGACAUCUUCCACCUCACAAUCGAAGAAUACCUCCACUCCCUGGUCUCCCUUAUCAAUGAGCUUUCGCGUCUUGCGAUCAAUUCUGUGACUCUCGGUAUCUACCAAAGGCCACUUCUCAUUAGCCGUUUCGUGAAGGAUUUGUUUGCUGCUUUCCAGGUCUUGAACUUGAAGAAUGACAGUUUGCGAAGACGGUUCGAUAGCAUCAAAUACGAUGUGAAGAAGGUUGAGGAGGUCGUCUACGACUUGAGUCUUCGCGGCAAGAUUGAUCCCUCCUCCAACUAGGGUAUAUCAUUCAUGGGUUAUGGACGGACUUGUAUGAUUAUAGCGGUAUGGCGCAUUGUGAAGACCUCUAGCAUUGUUCAAGAUGCUCCUCUCGUUCGAUUAUUAUGAGUAAUAUGCUUUCACCUCUGCUCAGAUGUACUAUGAUAGAUCCCUCUCCCUAUUAAAUCGUACAUAUGCCAAUA